AUGGUCAAGAAGAGGGCGAACAACGGUCGUAACAAGAACGGCCGCGGCCACGUCAAGCCCGUGCGCUGCUCCAACUGCGCUCGCUGCACUCCCAAGGACAAGGCCAUCAAGAGAUUCACCAUCCGCAACAUGGUCGAGUCCGCUGCCAUCCGUGAUAUCUCGGACGCCUCCGUCUUCACCGACUACGCCGUCCCCAAGAUGUACCUGAAGCUGCAGUACUGCGUCUCCUGCGCUAUCCACGGCAAGAUUGUUCGUGUCCGCUCCCGGGAAGGUCGUCGCAACCGUGCUCCCCCUCCUCGUAUCAGGUACAACAAGGAUGGCAAGAAGCUGAACCCCCCUCAGGCCGCCAAGGCUAUGUAA